AGCAGCCUUAGUCAAUUUUACCAGUUGCAAAGAAGAACCAAGCCAAACCAAAUAUUAACAGAUAGCAGCAGAUUUUUUAUUUCACGUUAUUUGAGUGUUAUUGUCGUUUUGUUGCAAACAUCUGAUACAAAAUGAUUAACACUUUCCGCCUGAUAUCUCGACAGAAACUUUAUCAGUUUCAAUUUCCCAAAUGCAUUGCCCAACAAGCAGAAUCGAGUUCAGUGGCAGCGACACAAGCUGCAUCAGCACCACUUUCCCUAACAGGUGUUGACAAGCCAGUAAAUCUAAAAAUUGACAAACUAGUUAACGAUAUAACUGCUCUUAAUCUAAUAGAAGUGGCAGAACUUAGUGAUCUUUUAAAGAAGCGAUUAAAUCUGCCAGAUGCUCCUGUUAUGCCUGUUGGAGGAACUUUUGUUGCUCCAGCUCAAUUGGUAGAAGAAGAACAAAUACCAAAAAAGGUGAAAACAGAAUUUACUGUUAAGAUAACUGAAAUUAACAAGGAUCAAAAAGUAAGCCUUAUUAAAGAAGUAAAAAACUUGAUACCAGGUUCAAAUCUUGUUCAGGCCAAAAAGUUCAUUGAAGAACUACCUGCAAUAAUUAGGAAGGAUGUAGCAAAAGAUGAAGCUGAAAAAGUGAAAGAUGUUCUUGUAAAACUUGGUGCUAAAGUCGAAAUUGAAUAACUUUGCUACUUAAAAUAAAUUUAUUUUUAUAUAUUUUAUGUUACACACACAACUGUAAACAAUUACAUCCAAUAUAAGUUUUUGUAUUAUCCUUUUAUUUAAAUAACAUUCUUCUAUUUAAGCUUUA